UAUAAACCGACGUGUUCUACUCUCGCGUCUUGAUGGUCGUUUCUCGUCUUGAUACCCCUGUUUGAUACCCACCGAUAAAAGCUUUUUGCAAAGCUGCUAACGAUAACAACCUCGAAUCGACAAGCACAUCAUCGAGAAUCACGCACAAUGGCGACUCCUCCUUCUGCUGCCAUCAUCGGCUCUACCGGCCUCGUCGGCGGUCACAUCCUAUCGACUCUCCUCGCCGCCGAGACAUUUACUCCCGUCCAUACCAUCACCCGCCGCGCACCCAAGGCCGAAUCGCCUCGCCUCGACGCCGUCGUCGACGCAGACACCUCCAAAUGGGCUGGUCUUCUGUCCGGCUUCGCGCCCACACCCUCAGUCGUCUUCUCCGCCCUCGGAACUACACGCGCUGCAGCCGGAGGACUUGCCAACCAGUGGAAGAUUGAUCACGACCUCAAUGUCGAGCUUGUCAAGGCGGCCAAGGCGGCUGGUACAGGAACCUUCGUCUUUAUCUCGAGCGCGGGUACGCGGGGCUUUCCCUCGAGCAUGGCGCCGUACAGCAAGAUGAAGAACGGCGUCGAGGACGCAAUCAAGGAGCAGGACUUUCAGCAGGCCGUCAUCCUCAAGCCAGGCAUGAUCCUCGGCCACAGGGAGCAGGGCCGCGCGCUCGAGGGAAUCUUUCAGGGAGCUGUCAACGGGAUCGGCAAGCUCAGCACCGCGGUAAAGGAUGCUGUUGGUCAGGAUGCCGAGGUGAUUGGCAGGGCGGCUGUCAAGGCUGCUCAGCUGGCCGCUGAGGGUAAGGCGCCCAGCAAGUACUGGGUAGUCGAGGCGGCCGACAUUGUCAGGUUGGGACGGACAGAGUGGGCGGACAAGAAGGUCGAGGAGGAGGUGAAGGCGCAGGCGUAGUGAGACGGAUGAGCUGUCUUGGAUCUACAUCACGAUCACUUUUAUGCGCUGGCAGAUGCCGUCACACGCUCCUUUUGCUCUCGGACUCGAAGCCCGGAGAUGCUACACGACGUUACGCUGCCUUUUACACCCACCAAGUUGUCCUUGUGUUUUUCAAGAGCAUGCGGAUGCUCAUGUCUGGCGGGUUUGGCCUCCCAUAAGGUCAAGACUUUUCUAGUUUCUGAUACCAUUGUUGGGGGAAUUGCGUGAGAGAGGACGAAAUUGACGAAUACCAGAGAAUAUCAGCAGGGAAGACUUACCAGGGAGAGGAGAAAUUAUAUCAAUAUCCCAUCUAUCAACUCA